AUGAUCUUUUUUCACAUGAGUGAAUAUCUUCUGAUCCUGCUCAAGGUUUGCUAUAUCUCUGCAGCUUUGACAUCAAGCAUUCAUUCAUCGGAAAAACCAGCCUGUGACGAGCUAGGAAGGGUGUUUCUUCAAAGCAACAUGAAUGAAAAUAGUCAUCCCCAACAGCUGUUCCAGUUCUUUCCAACUCCUCCCAACUUGCAAUCAGAGGAAAAGAAAAGUACUCCCGAAAGGCUAGAGCUGAGCCAAAUGCCGCCGGCAUUAGACUCGCAUAUCGAAGGGGCAGUCUAUCGUGACCGUCAAGGCAGGAAAAGACCAUUGCAUGUGUGGCCAUGUCAGGAGAGCGAAGUCGCCGCAGCCAACCAUAAAUCAGCAAGCAAAAAAGUAAAACUAGACCUGAGUCUAACCCUGGGUCCUCCUUCGGAUUCUGAUUUGGGUUACUGUUGGCAGCAAGAAUCAGCAAUCAUAGCAGUGCCUAAAAUGAUCAUCAAACAGUAA